AUGGAUAUCGACGACGAUUACGACAAUUAUUCGGGCGACGAGGAAUUUAACGAGGAUUCGUUAACUAACGAAGAGUACGAUGCCUUAUAUGAUGCCUUGCCCAAGGUGAAAGAGGCACUUGCAUCGUAUAAUAGCGAUAUUGAUGACUUGGCCAUCAAAGAAGCACUUUAUUAUAAUUAUUUCGAGUUAGAACCAGCACUCGAAGAGCUUAAGAGCAAGUUCCCCAAGAAAAAAGGUAUGUUGAUUUCGUUUCUGCCAACCCCGUCACAGUACACUGGAGAUUCACUAAGUUCUAGAUUGCUAAUUCAUUAG